GAGCCAUUUCAGCGGCAGUCUCGACUCCAAGUUCUAGUAAGUUUCGUUCUGUGCCUAAGAUAGAUAUACCUGCUACAACAGAACUCGCAGCCAGAUAUGAACGUGAAUGGAAUACUAUUCGAAUGGAAGACGAAAAAAACUUUCGAAAUGCAGCAGUUGCCGAUGAAUUAAUUCAGAGAAUACUUAAAACUUGUGAAAGCCGUCAUGAAGCAUGCGAAUUAGUCAAGUCAGAAUCUAAUCAGUUACCUAAAGUAAAGGAAAUGAUCGAAGAGAUGGCAAUGUCUGCAGUUUCUCUAAAAGGAAAGUUAACAGAGAUAGAGAAAAUGAUUGACGACUUUGCAAAAGGCAACGAUGAGUUAGAAUUCGAGGAAUGGAAGCAGCAACAACGCCUUUUGUUUAACAAACAUGUCAAUGAAAAAAAUGAGGAGCUGGAAGAAAAAAGAGUACUGUAUCAACAACAUUAUGAAGAGUUUAUAACUAAUCAUCAGGUUCAGAGGAUACAGCUUUACCAAGCCAAUUUUGAAGCGCAAAUGGAAGAUUAUCGAAAUCGAGUAAUAGAUCCUUCUAUGUUUAAUGCACAUUCUAUACGGUCAAUACAAUAUCAAUCUGAAGAUGAUGUUAUAGCUAAGUUAGAUCAAGUUGUACUUGAAACAGCAGAUGAUCGAAGUGCUUUGGAAGAUUUUCUUGGCUCGAGUGACACUGAAGACAUUAUUGAAAUUCAAUCCUGA